GUGGCAUUAGUUAGUCGUGCUUGCAUUUACAAUUAUGGGUGCCAAAUAUUCAGUUGCGUUUGCUCUUAUUUUACUUUUUUGUGUAUUAGCGAAAAGUUCAUUCAUAAAGCCCAAUAAUGUACCAAGAGUUGGUAGAAGUAACGAAGCAGAUGGAAUGUUUGACCAGGCCUCUAUGGGUUACGUUAUUAAGACAAUUCCAAAUAAAAAUAUACCUCGGAUGGGCAGAAGAAAUUUUGAUUCGGCAAAUAGGUUUGAUAUUCCAAAGUUCUAUCAGUUGCCAAGGGAAUCAUUUGAACUUUAUGAAGGUGAAGAUCAAUCCAAAUAUUCUCAAGAGACUCCAUUAGAAGCUGCAUUUAACAACCAUCUAGAAAACAUGAAGUAAGAUUUUUCGAAAAUAUACAUACAAGGAUCGCUUUGAUACAUGUUUGACUUGUAAGGACAAAAAAUAAAUUUUUAUGUUCCGUUAAUAAAAUAUUUUAU